GCUGGGUCAUAGAGCGGGCAGUCGGGCGUUGCUCGUCGCCGGGCAAAGAACGCCCGCUUUCCGGUUCCCUCUGGCUUUUCGACAAAGGGCGGCCGGAAUCGGACGCAGGCCCGCCGGGCAACCGGGCAGAGGGCGGGGGUUACACGCGCUGUGCAGGAUCUGCUGCGGAAAGUUUGCAGUCGGAAUUGCAGCGCGAUCUUAGCCUAUCUACGGGUAUGCUAUGACAGGGUGUAAAUUGCUUCUUGGUGCUUUUAGAAAUCUAAAUGUCUGGCUUGGACUCUUGGACAAAUCUCCUCACAAACUCUGCUCUCCCUGGAGGACCUUCCUUUAUGCUGCAAGCCAGCAGCCCAUAACAGGAAUUCUCCCCAAACGUUUCUGGGUUUCUCCCAUUCAACAUCAUGUAUUUUUAAUACCAUGGUCAAAAAGUGUGGCGGGGAUUUCAGUACGACACAAAAAUAACAAAAGCUCACAUAAAAAUGUGAAACAAACUGUGGAAGAAGAGUUGGAGGAGGAAGAUACUGGUGAAGAAGAGAUAAUUGAUUCGGAAGAUGAGUUUGAAGAUGAUCCCAGCAUAGUGAAGAAUUACAAAGAUCUUGAAAAAGUAGUACAGUCUUUCCGAUUCGAUGUAAUCUUGAAAUCUGGUUUAGAUAUUGCAAGAAACAAAGUGGAAGAUGCAUUCUACAAUGGUGAGCUUAGACUGAAUGGAGAAAAACUGUGGAAGAAAAGCAGAUCGGUAAAGGUUGGUGAUACAUUGGAUCUCAUUCUUGGAGAAGAUAAAGAAACAGAAACAGCCGUAGUUAUGCGAGUUGUUUUAAGGAAAGCAUCUGACAAGAAUGAGAGUGAUAAAUACAGAGUGGUGUUGAGACGCUGGAAGAACUUAAAGGUGCCCAAGCAGGAUGUAUUGAAGUGAUUGCAUGUUGUGAUCGAUUUCCUGUAAGCAAUCACAUUUGUUGUAUGAUGUAUAAAUUUUGGUUAAACUAAGGAUAUGAGAUGGCAUGCCACUUUCCUUACUGUAAACAUCACUUCUGUUUGUUCCAUGACUCUCAAGUUUGCUGUUUUCAUUUCAGGGGGAAAACACAAAACACUGUUCCUAUGAGAAACAAUAAAAGGCAAGCCUAAUCUUAAA